AUGCACCUACCCAACGAAGUCCACGACCUCAUCAUUUCAGACCUUGAACCGCGAGAACGCUUCAACUACCGCCUUAUCGGCCACUCAUUCGCACAAGCCGCAAUACCACACGUCUUCAGGCGCAUCAAUGUCUCGCCCGUGGUAUCCAGUCUCCGCGACCUGGCACACAUUGCGACCCAGAAGCAUCUAAACCGCCAUGCGACACACUUGCAAUGGGACAGCGAUCGAUCGCGCCUCAGAAAGAAGAAAGGUCAAAUUGGUUUUGGAGACAAACAGUGGGAAGCCGUGAGAGAGAUAUUGCCCCGAGAUGCAAACGAGAGCGAACAUCAUGGAGACAUUGGCAUGCGUAUCCUAACACUCAUUUUCCGCCACUUUCCCAAUCUCAGAACAUUGGAUAUUGGUAUCUGGGAAAGCUCUGACACUACUGAAAGAUGUCCUGAUCCUUCAGACUCUUCGUCUAUGAUUCAGGGUGAAUACGAGAUGUAUACACUCCUUACAGCAGCGCAUGCUGUGGGAUGUCAGAUUGCCGAGUUCAAGCUCUCCAGCACUGUAGGUAGACCGCAUCCACUUUUCCGUUCGGAGAUCUGGCCUUCCCUCGUUCCCGUGUGCAAAGACCUGACAUCUUUAAAACUUCCCUUGAACUUCGCUCUCAGCGUCGAGGAGAAGGAAACAUGGUUGAGGGAGUAUAAGGAAAUAGAAGAUCAGAUACCAGAGGAUGAGCGCACGACAAUGUUCACAGGGUACACAGCAGUCCAUUCAGUCCACAGCACAGCGACGCAGAUAGCUUCAUUCCGGGCAUUCCUUAGCACAUUGAGUAAACUACAGACGCUUGAACUGACUCUCAAAGCGGAGCAGUGGGAUGAACACGUCGACAUGGAUGCCCAUCUCAACCUGCGGGCUCCUUCUCUCGAGGACGUGCUUCCCCCAAACGCUUUUUCUCAUCUACACACAUAUUUUGGCUCUGAAGAGAAGCAUAAGAUUUACUUCACUGGGUGCCAGGAAGGUGAUGGAUUUGAUCCUUCCGUUGGUGGUAAAUUCCGUAUGACUACACCGCGAUUCGAUCCAAGAGAAUACUUUCUUCUCAAGCUUCGAUUUCGGACUGAACAAGCAGUCACGGAGUACAGUGCACUCAUAGAAACCUUCAACAGCAGAAUGGAUGAAUAUGCACGAACGAUCAGACGCAUCUUCGAAGACGAUAACAAGAGGACAAACACAAGGACAAUAAGCGAUGUCAUCGAAACAGCACAGCUUUUCAUUGACGGCAUCAGCGGUAUAACCGACGCUUGGGAUACGUUCAGUCGUACUGAGCUCGAGAUCUUCACUACAUAUCUACCUGACAGAUCAACCUGGCCAACAUAUAUCAAUAUCAUCGUUCGAAACAUUGCAGAACUUGAUCGAUUACGCAAAUUACUCCUCAUUAGGCGAGAUCACUUCAAGUUCAAACUCGAUAGCCUCCACACUGUCUCCAGUCUCAGUCAAACCUAUACAGGGAACCUCCAAGCAGAGACGGCAGUGAACCAGGGUAACGACCUAAAAAUACUUACCAAGAUGACAGUCACCGAAGUACCCAUGGGCUGUGUUCUUCGGAGUGUUAGCGCUGAUAUCGUUGGUGAAUUAUAUGAUUGCUUCGCCGCGGAGCUCAAAGAGAGUGUGGACGAAGUGUAA